CUCCGUUUGCACAUCGAUAUUCGUGAAGUCGACACUAAGUCCCUCCUCGGUAGUACCUCCGUUCCAAAGGAGAAGUCAAACCUCUUCAAAUUCCGUUGUAAUCAGGACAAGGUCCUCGUUAUCGGUGUUAGUCAACCAGAUGAAAGCCCAGCUGUUCCACCCCUUCGGGUUAUAAAGUGCUUGAGUCUUGGAUUGGCCUACGGUCGCUUUGUCAACGCAAAUGAUAUUACAGAACUCGCUUCCAAUUCCGGUUCGUUGCCUAGCGAUGAAGCUAUGAGUCUUCUUCCUGACGCUUCUGUCUUCGUCACUAAGACACACUGGUCACCAAAAGCCCCCCAGUUUAUCGAUCUUAACACUAUCACAGAUCGAGGCUAAUUUGUGUUUUUCACGGUUGUCUGUGACUUACUUCUGGAGUCGUUGACUGGUCCAGUUCGUUUGGGUUGUGUUUGUCGAGCCAAGAUCCUUCAAAAGGAUCAUUCUUUUUGGAUAUCCCCUCAGAGAAAGCCCUAUUCAGAAGACUAUAAAUUAAAAUUGGUUGAGUGGAUCCUUCUUUGGGUUGCAAAUGUUAAACUUGUAAUAUACACUAUCUUUCAGAUGACGGAUGAAAGCAAACGUUGGAUUAUAAUGAAUCGUUUCUCGCUUCAUUCUGUCUCCUCAAAUUUCUCUGAUGUGAUUCAUUCCCUAUCUUCUCAAACCGUCGAUCCAACCUUUAAACCCACCUCACCGACUAAUGGAGAUUCAGGAUCGGUGAAAGAUGACUCCAUUUCGGCAGAAAUCGAUCCAGGAGAUGAUGGAACAGACGACGAUGAACCGUUGAUGAGUGGAAAUGGUGGAGAAGACCUCAAAAUAAUCACAGAUGAUGAUGCGUUCGUUGCUUGGGGCGACCUGGUAACAGAAUGGCGAGAGUGGAAUAAGGGCUCGGGUAAGAAUGCCCUUUCUCUUCCUCCACAUCCCUCCGCGAAGACUGUCGUUACUCAAAGUGGUGCUGAAUGUCUUCCAAAUGGUGCUCUGGGUCGUCGAAUACGUCAGCUUGUCCGGCUAGGUAUUCCGGACACCCUGCGACCAGAAAUCUGGCAUAGAAUGACAGGCUAUCAGGCCGUCGACCAGGGGCUGGCUGAAGUUUAUCGAAUUAUGUUGACGAAGCCUUGUGAACUUGACGAAGCUAUUCAAAAAGACUUACCACGAACUCUGCCGGCGCAUAAUUUUUUUCAGGAAAAGACUGGUCAAGAAGUUUUAUUCCAGUUGAUUCGAGCCUACGCUCUAUAUGAUGAACCCGUUGGCUAUUGCCAGGGAAUUUCGUUUAUCGCGGCUGCUCUACUACUUCAUUUGCCUGAGGAACAGGCCUUCUGCUUGUUGGUGAAGAUAAUGUCCAACUAUGGUAUAAGAAUGAUGUUUUUAAAUAACUGUGAAGGAUUGCUCCGUUGUCUCCAUCAGCUUGAUCGGCUAAUUGAGGAUCAAGUCCCUGACGUUUACCGAGCUUUCUCGGAACUAGGAAUCAAGUCUCAUAUGUACGCCAGUCAGUGGUUCCUUACUCUCUUCACCGCCAAGUUUCCUCUCAACUUUGUCUUUCGCAUUUUCGAUAUCUUCCUCGUCGAGGGUCUUCUCUUCAUAUUCAAAGUCAUGAUAGCCUUCCUGAAAAUCUCUCGCAAUUAUCUCCUAGGCUUGGACUUUGAGGGCACUCUCAAAUACUUCCGUAUAACCCUUCCCAAACGCUUCCGAUCCAACGAAGCUUGUGAUGAAUUCAUCUCCACGGCCUGUUCCAUAAAGAUUAGUGGUAGACAGUUGAUUCGAUACGGUCGAGACUUCGAAAAGCAACGCGAAGUGGACGCCAAGGCGAAUUCGGAGUCAGCGGCGCUGGUGAGGGAACUGAAUCGCCUUCGGGAGGAGUGCGGUCGUUUGGACAAGGAGAAUGGCGACCUUGCCGGCAAUCUAAUGGCCCAUAAAACUGAUAUGCAGUCGACAAUCGAUCGGCUUGAAGACGAAGUAGAGAAUUUGAGACAGGAGUUGAGGAAUACUCAGUACGAAUUGAAGGAGAGGGAGGAGGAAUGUGCUCUUCUCGAGCGUGAUUCCUCUCUCGUGAAAGAAAUGCUACGCAAGGCUCUGAGCAGUGACCAGGCCAAAGGCGACUUACUCUCUAAGUAUCAAACUGCCAAUGCCAAUCUCUCAGCCCGUCUGGAAAAAGAGCAAAACACAGCUUCUCAAAAACUCUCCCAAAUUGUGGUCGAGGCUGUUCUAGGCUGCAAUGGAGAGUGUAGACGCGUUCUUGAUGAGCGUUCCCCUGGCUGGGCCAUUGAUGCAGAAUGUAGUCGGCAGGACUUGGGUCACCAGUUGACACAAACACUUGCAGAGUUAAAUGAGCUCAAAUCACAAGCGGAGGCCGGGUUUGGUUAUAAUCCACGACAAUGGUUGGCCAAAAAGUGGACAAAUGUAUCCUCUCGGGCGAAUGGGAAUUCCUCAAGCACUCCCAAUACUGCUAUUCCUCCCGAUUCGACAAAUCUUGAAGGCUCGAAUUAUUCCGUUUCCACUUUCGCAGAGUCACCUACUACUUUAAAUUAG